AUGAAUUAUAAUGGAGUUUUGUUGGCUUUUUUAUUUUUGGUUAUUAAGCUCAACGGAUUGUUGUGUGCCAAUACUACUGUUUGGGGUGUUGGUUUAAAUCCUGUAGUUGUUUUGCCAGCUCGUUAUUUUUAUGUCAAAUACAAUGAGAAAAUGUAAGUCACCAAUAUAAUAUCAAAAUAUACUUAUAGAAUUAUGUUGAUAAAAAAAAAUAUAUCAUUAGUAGGUGUUGUGCAUGUGAAUUGUAAAAAAGCCCAUAUAAUUUAAACAUUUUUUACUGAAAUGAAAAAAAAAACUGAUAUUUUUGUACAUUUAUAAAUUGCAACUAUAUUAAUCACAUGAAUCCUUUCUUUUUAAUUUUGAAGAAUUAUUUAUUUAUAUUUAUAAUAGGUAAAAAAGACUCUGUCUUACUGUCAAUUAUAUCAGCAGUUUUUAAACUUUUUGUACACGGACCCCUGAUGAAAAACUAAAAAAUUGCGGACCCCCUACCAAUAAUUUUUUUACAAAAUCUCUCAUGUUAUCAUAAUCAAUAUUUACCAAUAGAGCUGACAGAGACCCUCAACAUGAAUAUCGCGGACUCCCAGGGAGUCACGAACCACAGUUUUAGAAUCGCUGUACUAUACCAUACUUUUUUAGCCCCUUGCCAUUAUGAUCCUCAUUUGGGCCUUGAUGGAAUUUGAUUUUGUAUUUUAUUAUCUUUUUCCAACAAUUACAAAAAAAGGUAGCAUUAGAAACAAAAUGUGUAUUAUAAUUUAUACGUAACUACUAUUUUCAUUCUUGAAUGAAAAUAAAUGUUAAAUCUUUAAUGUUAUAUUUAAUUAUGUUACAGAACUAAUAUUAAAAAUUUUAAUAUAUUAAUAAAUGGCAAAACGAAAGUUGGGAAUAAUUGCCGUAUUUGGACAAACAUUUUAGACCGAAAAGAUUCAUCAUUUAUAGUCCGAUACAAAUUGUACGAAAUUUGUUAUGAAUUUAAUAUACUUGUAGAAGAUACAAAAGCACAUAGGAAGCAUGUAAAUAAUUAUUAUAAAGGUACCUAACUCAAAUAUAUAAUAAUAUUAAAAAUGUAUUUAAUUUAUAUAUUUUUAAGUACCUCUAUAAAGAUGUAGUUUAGUUAUCUUCAAGAGAGAAUUGGAAGAUACUAGUUUUGACAGGAAAGGGCCUAGAUGACCUGUAAGGCUAAAAAAUAAAAAUGUUUGUAAUACAAAAAUAUAUUUAAAAAUAAUGUCAAAAGAAUUUUAACAUUUCAUAAGGUAGUCAAGUAUUUAUCUUUAAUAAUUUAUUAAAAUAAAAUAAUGAAAUUGAACCAAACAAAUUGUUGUAAAAUUAUAGCUUUGAUGUUUAUUUAGUUUAUUCAGUUAACCAGUAAAUUACAUUCAAACAAAAUGACAAUUUGAUACUCAAAAUCAAUAUUUUAGAUUCUGAGCAGAGCGAGGAAUGUAUCGGUGUUACAAUGAUGCUCAUUUAUUCAUAUUUUUUUUAAUCUAUGAACAAAUUUUACCAGAAAUUUUGCUCCAAUUUUCAAACAGCAUUUUUACUGACCAGGGUUGUACUCUAGCCUGAUUAUUUUUGAUUUCCCCAGCUGUUCUCAUAACAAAUCGGAUAAAACAUAGGAAAAACGGGAAAAUGUAUUGUUUUAAAUUUUUGGUUUUUUGUUUUGAUUCAGUUAAAAAUAAUUUUAGAGGCUUGAAAACAUAUAAAUUAUAUUAUAUGUAAUAUUAUAUCUUCUAUAGGUGGUAAAAUUUGGCCACGUAGCCACAUUACAACACUAUUAACCGAACUCUGCUUAGAAUCUUUUUUGUUAGCAACAGUUAAUCAGUGUGUACAGGUAUAUAUUAAAUUUUCCCUCUAACUUCCUUACUUUUCACCUACAAUAUUGUCCAAUCAUUGUGCAAAGUAUGUCUAUCUUUUUUGUAAUUAUUAAUAUUUUUUUUUACAAACAUUUUCUUAUUAUUUAUGAACUUUUUUUUCGCUUUACAAGGCUAUUUAAGUCUUUUGCAGUGACUACAAAGAUGAGUUUGAUCGAGUUUCGAUCUUCUGCAUCUUCAACCUGAUGAUUAAUAUUUUAAUAAAUUAGUAAUCAAUAUUCUCUAUUGAUACAGGUCCGAUUUAUCCAGAUGAUUGUAGCUGUAAAAAAAUGUCAAUUAGUAGUUGGUUGGCAAAUGCUGAAUGCAAAACUGAUAUCAUUCAAAUCAAUUCUGAUCUGGGUCAAUUUAAGCAAAUAGAUUUUAAUAAAGCAAUAAUUAAAAUGAUCAGAUUAUUUCAGAAAAACCCACACAGUAUUAGUGUUUGUCAAUAUGUUGUGAAAAACAACUUGGUAAGAAAUUGGUUUUUGUCUUAUACAUUAAAUUGUGCGUACAUGAAAUAAAUAGUACUAAUUAACUUUUUUUUAAGAUAUUUCGGAAAUGUUAUGGUGAUUAUACUGGCUUUAAACUUUUUAUGGACAAUUUGCUACUAUCUUUAAGUCGAAAAGUAAAAUAACUUGAAUUUAUUGCUUUCAAUGUGUUUCUAAAGAUUGUAUCAUCUUGCUUAAAUAAUAAUACCCCUUAUUUACAGGUAUUUCUACCAGAUAUGGAAUUUUUUGUUAACUUGGGAGACUGGCCAUUAUCAUCACUUCAAAAUAAAAUGCCUAUAUUUUCAUGGUGUGGUUCAAACUUUAGUGCAGAUAUAAUAAUGCCCACUUAUGAUAUUACAGAAUCUUCAAUUGAAAAUAUGGGAAGGUAUGUGUUCUAUUUAAGGUUUUUGGAAAGUAAUAUUACUCUAAUAAAAUAUGUUUGAUUAAUUCAGUUCAGUUUAUUUAAAUUAUGCAAUUGGUUAUAUGAAGGGUGAGUUUAGAUAUGUUGUCAGUUCAAGGCAAUAUUGAUAAAACAUGGUCGAAAAAAAUUCAAAAAGCAUUUUGGAUGGGUCGUGACUCCAGUAAACAUCGGUUGCACUUAGUGGAUAUUAGUAAAUCACAACCACAUCUUAUUAACGCAUCAAUCACAAACUUUUUCUUCUAUAAAGAAUUAAAACAAAAAUAUGGUUCUGGAAAAAAACCUAUUUCUUUCUUUAAAUUCUUUGAUGUAUGUUAAAUAAUAAAUUAUUUAAGAACUUAAAUCACAUCAUGUUUUCUAACAUUAACUUUUAUUUCUAUAUACAGUACAAAUAUCAAAUUAAUGUUGAUGGGACUGUAGCAGCUUAUAGAUUUCCAUAUUUAUUGGUUGGAGAUUCAUUAGUAUUCAAACAAGAAUCUGAUUAUUAUGAGCAUUUUUAUAAUGAACUAAUACCAUGGGUUCAUUAUGUACCAAUAAAAAGAAAUUUGGAUAAUUUAGUUGAACUGGUUAAUGUUAUGAUUGAGAGUGAUCGAACAGCAAGAAUUAUAUCAUUGAAUGGACAGAAAUAUGCACGGGACAAUUUAGCACCACAUAAUAUAUUAGGAUAUUAUUUAGUAUUAUUUCAAGUAAGUGGCUUAGCUCAUUUUUCAUUGAAACAUUUAAAUUUUAAUUAAUAUCAAUUUUAGUUUAAAUAAAAUCAGUUUAGCUUCUAAGACUUAAUUUUUUUGGGUCAGAAACAAUAGACUGGUACCUUUUAAACCCCUUUACCUUUACUGUUCUUUUAAAUAUUUUUAAAUGAUUUUAUUAGGGCUUUUAUGACGUUUUUAAUCACUUUUUUGUGAAUUUGAAGUACAUAUAAAACUGUUCCUUAGUAAUUACAUUCCACUUUAUUGAAUGAUUUUGAAUUUUUAUUACUUAAAUUAUUUAUAAAUCAAAAAAAAUUUGGAUAUUUUGUAAACUUUUGUAAUGCUUUAUUUGUAUUAUGGAACCAGCCACAUAUUGAUUCUACUAAGAUGUUUACACAAAUGCAAUGAGAAAUCAUUUCUGAAAGGGAAUGUUGUCCAAAUGGUACUUUUGGGAGAUCAGUUAUUGAUUUUCCAAGCAGUUUUCUUAAUGUCUGGGAAAAACCAAGAUAAAACUUGAGAAAAACAGAACAUUUAAGAAAAUAAUACUUCUAUUAUUUUUCAAUUUUGUUAUUUGUUUUAAUUCAGUUAAACAAAUUUUUAGACUUGAAAUUUUCACAUAGAAAUUAUAUUUGUCUUUUUUAGAUAUGGUAAAAUUUUCAAAAAAUUUAAGCUAUUUUGAGCUAUUUACAAAUAUAAAUAAAAAAUUUGCGAGUUUUAUACCUAAUUUUUAUUCGGUAGGUACUCUUCGGUGGUAAAAUUGUUAGACUUGACACAUUUUAAAAUUUAACUGGAGGUUCAUUAAGGGUCUUACUUUGUAAUACAAACAAAUUGAGUUUAAUAUAGUAUUUUUUUUUUUUUAUAAAGGAAUUUUAAUUUAAAAUUUUGACUAAAAUCAUUUUAAUAUGUUUUGUUAAAUAACUCCUAUAUUGUCUCUUUAAAAGAAUAUUUAUCAUGACCUAAUAGUUAUUAAUUUAUGCUUAUUAUAAUCUUAAGGGACUGAGUACAACUAGUGUGUCAAAAAAAAUAAAAGGUUUGCAUUUUUUCCCUUUUACCUAAAUAAGAAAAAAACAAAUGCAUUUUGGGUAUACCUAGAGACCAUCACUCCCUUUGACUAUUUUAAUCUCAAAAUAUUACUCGAUUUUACCUCCAUAAUUUAGGGAGGUCAUUUUUUGAUUUUCCCAGUGGUUUUCAUAAUAUCUGGAAAAAACCAGGAUCGGAAACCAGUCAGAAAAAGGGAAAAUGAAUUGAAAUGUAGGUAUAAGUAAAAAAAUAAUAUGGCCAUUUUUUCUGUGUACAACUUUUCUAGCAGCAAUUUCACUUCAAUUUAAAGUGAGCAUUUUUCUGAAAAAAAUUUCUUUGGAGAGACGCUAUAGAAAGUUCAUUUUUUAAUUUUAUCAAGUUUUCUCAUCAAAUGUGAAAAACUAAGAAAAAAUUGAAAAAUGUAAAAAAAACUAGGAAUAUGUAGGAAAACUAGGAAAAUGCGUACAACGUUAAAUAAAUAUUAAUAAAGAAAAGCCUAUUUAAUUAUUUAACUAUAAUAUGACAUAUAUAUUAUUGACAAAGCAUCACUUUCAACUGAAUUGCAAUAAGAAUUGUUUUUUGUUAGUGAUGGUUUAUCAUUGCUUACAAAUAUACAUUAAAUUACCUAUAACAGUGGCUGCAUCCAUCUCCAUUAUCCUAGGAUGUCUUUUUUCUAGUUUUUCAUUUAUAAUUCAGAAAAUUAAUAAAUAGUAUAUAGAAAAUCUAAAAAAUUUUAAAAUAUUUUUUUUUUUUUCGGGCACCCAAAACUUACAAAAACAUAUUUAUGAAAGUUAAUAAAUUAGUUUUUAUACUGCAUUCAGCUUAUUUUAAAAGUACCAAAUUAAUAUUAAAUUGUUUUAUAUACUUUCUAUUAAUGUACAUUUUAGAUUCUGAGUGAGAGGGAGGAAUAUUAUUUUUACUGCAUAAUUUUUUUUCUGGUUAUUUUUUUUACCAGAAAUCUUAGCCAAAAGAUGAUAAAUUACCAUUUUUAUUUAAUUUUAGACCUAGCUGGUGUAUUGUGGAAGACAUUUUUUGAUUUUCCAAAUAGUUUUCAGAACUAUUGGAAAAACUAAGGAAAGUCUAUAGAAAUAACAGUUUCAAUGUUUUAAAUUUUGCUUUUGUUAUUAUAAUUUGGUUAAAAAUAAUCAUAGAGACCUAAAACUUUCAUAUAAUACUAAUAAUGAUCAAUUCUAGAAAGAAUUUUCUAGUUUUUAUUUAGUGUUUUAUGUGGAUAAAUAAAAUUGUUUGACCAAACAGAAAUACUUAAAAAUUUAACACGAGGUUUAUUAAUUGUACUUUUAGUAAAAAAGAAGUUGUUGGUAAUAUUUUAUUAUUAUUGUUAUUUUUUUUUUUUUAGUGAUAAGAUCAAAUUUUUGAUGAAAAUUUUAAAUUUGUAUUCAAAACAUAAAUAAAAUAUGCCACCUUCUCCCCCAAAUUGUUUUUCAUAAGCAAUGGUUUAUAGUUGUUUACAGAUAUAAAUUAAAUAGCUUUAUUUACUUUACCUUACCAACUUCCCAUCAACAACAGAAUCAUUUUAAAUUAUUUUUUCGUGUUUUAGAAGUAUAGCAGGUUGUUAGUAUCUACAAUUGAAGUACGUGAAGAUAUGGAAGAAGUAAAAGAUGCAAUUCCUCCUGAACAUUGUGACUGUGAAAAUUCACUGCAUUUCAAAAUGGAGCUUUAA